AUGCUUCUCCAGCCCUUGUCUAUCGACGUGCCGACAAGUGACACCUGGGUACUUCUUACCACCGCCGGCGCGUCCGCCAUGUUGAGUUGUAUUCUGAUGGGGCAGAAGAGGCAUAUUGGCAAUGCCUCCACCAUGUCAAGGCAGCGAUAUCAGUUGGAGGAUAUCGUUCGUCAUGUUCAUCCCUUUCAUGAGGUCGGCCCGUUACACGGCCAGGGCGGGAAGGAUUUCUCGAGGCAAUCUGCUUCCUCCGCCGAUGUCAUCCAGAUCCAAGCCUACUGUAGCGGGAGAUUUGAGGACGGCACCGCCCAAGCCUAG